UGUACAUAAUUGAUAAGUUUUCAGACUAAUUUUAUAACAUCCUGCAUACCUUUAUAAGAGAUCUUAGUUGAAGUUUGAUUAGACCUCUUCGAAAUUAAUGACUCCACAUUCUGCUAGGACUCUGGUCAUUUCAUAAAUCGUAUCAUUUCUUUCUUUUAGUAAAAUAUUCUUCUUUGCAAUUUUCUUUCUGAGUGAGUUGACAAGAGAGCGAAGUUCAUCAUUUUCAGCUUUUGCCUGUAAUAAAGCUUUUCUAUAGGUUUCCUGAAGAUUUUUCUGUAUGAAGUUAUCAUUGGAAUUAAAGACCAUUUUUAAGUCUAUCUUCUCUGAUCUAGAAUCAAUUCUAUUUAUCUAUUUCAGUCUGAAUGAAUGUGUGAGAUCUGGUUCUAUCAAGGUCAAUUUCAGUAUUAACACCCACUGGACUCAAAGAUCCUCUCUUGUCCAAUUUCAUUGAUAACGAAUUUGAGUUGUGUGAUCCUUCCAUUCUCUGGUUUUACUAAUUUUUAUAA